AUGAGUUUCGUCGUCGCCUGUCGCUCGCCAUCGCAGAGAUUGAGAUCUACUCCAUCGCGAUUGAGAGAGAGAGUCGCCGACCAGCUCGGCUCAAUGCCGGAAUCGCGAAGAGUCGCCGUCCUCGGAAGAGGGAGGAAGCUUCGAGGCCUCAUCGCUGAGAAGCACUGUGCUCCUAUCAUUCUCCGACUCGCAUGGCACUCAGCUGGCACUUUCGACGUGAAGACGAAGUCUGGAGGGAUGAAGUCUGGAGGGCCGUUUGGGACCAUCACGCCCGGCGGAGCAAACAAUGGCCUCGACAUCACGGUCAGGCUGUUGGAGCCCAUCAAAGAGCAGUUUCCAAUCCUUUCCUAUGCAGACUUCUACCAGUUGGCUGGAGUUGUUGCUGUUGAAGUUACUGGAGGCCCUGAGAUACCUUUUCACCCAGGAAGACCCGAUAAACAAGAAUUACCACCAGAAGGUCGCUUGCCCAAUGCCAUAAAAGGUUCGGAUCAUUUGAGGGAUGUUUUUCGCCAUAUGCGUCUCAGUGACAAGGAUAUCGUUGCCUUAUCUGGCGGUCACACCUUGGGUAGGUGUCACAAAGACCGCUCUGGAUUUGAAGGACCGUGGACAACCAAUCCUCUAAUUUUUUAUAACUCUUAUUUCAAAGAGCUUCUUAGUGGAGAGAAAGAAGGUCUUAUCCAGCUUCCAUCAGAUAAAGCUCUAUUAGAGGAUCCCAUCUUCCGUCCUCUUGUUGAGAAAUAUGCUGCAGAUGAGGAUGCAUUCUUUGCUGAUUAUGCCGAAGCUCAUUUGAAGUUAUCGGAGCUUGGGUGAAUAUAUAUAAA